CAAACUAACAGGAUGCCAGGGAACAAAUAUAGCUCUAGUAAUCUCCCUGGUACACCAAGAACAAGAUUGGAAAGGCUUCUUAGAGAAAGGGAGUUAAAGAGAUUCAGCAGGGAUUUUAAUGAAGGGGAAGGUGAGUUAUCAUCAGCCCAAGAUUCUUUUUCACCUGAGUCUUCAACUUCUUGGUUAAAUGAUGAAGAAUCUUUACAACCCCUUUCAGGUGCAAGGACUUCACAUGAUGGAGGCGCAAGGCAAGAUUUUCAGGCUUCCAAACAACGUUUGUUGGUGGUUGCUAAUAGGCUGCCAGUUUCGGCAGUUAAGCAUGGGGAUUCUUGGCAACUUGAGAUGAGUGCUGGAGGCUUAGUUAGUGCACUUCUUGGUGUGACGGAAUUUGACACCAGAUGGAUUGGUUGGGCUGGCAUAAAUGUGCCUGAUGAAAGUGGACAAAAGACAUUAACUGAAGCUUUAGCUGCAAAGAACUGCAUACCGGUGUUUAUUGAAGAAGAAAUUGCUCAUCAAUAUUAUAAUGGAUAUUGUAACAACACAUUAUGGCCACUGUUUCACUAUCUUGGACUUCCGCAAGAAGACCACCUUGCAACUACUCGAAACUUUAAAUCUCAGUUUGAAGCUUAUACGAAAGCGAACCAGUGUUUUGCCGAUGUGGUUAGCAAGCAUUAUGAGGAAGGGGAUGCGGUUUGGUGCCAUGAUUACCACCUAAUGUUUCUUCCAAAAUACCUAAAAGAACGGAACAGUGACAUGAAAGUUGGUUGGUUUCUGCAUACCCCAUUUCCUUCUUCCGAAAUCCAUCGGAUGCUGCCAUCUCGGUCAGAGCUGCUGAAGUCUGUUCUUUCUGCUGAUUUAGUAGGUUUCCACACAUAUGACUAUGCAAGGCAUUUUGUCAGUGCUUGCACUCGUAUUCUCGGGCUGGAGGGCACACCUGAAGGAGUAGAGGAUCAAGGAAAGUUGACUCGUGUAGCAGUAUUUCCAGUAGGGAUUGAUCCUGAUCGAUUCAUUCAAGCUCUUGAACUACCUCAAGUAAAAGAUAUCGUGAAAGAACUGAAACAGAGGUUUGCAGGUUAUAAGGUAUUGUUGGGCGUUGAUCGGCUUGAUAUGAUCAAGGGAAUACCGCAGAAGAUUUUGGCAUUUGAAAAGUUUCUCGAGGAAAAUCCCGAUUGGCGUCAUAAGGUGGUUCUCCUGCAAAUUGCUGUCCCUACCAGGACACAUGUUCUCAAGUAUAAACAGCUUACAAGCCAAGUCCAUGAGAUUGUUGGCCGCAUUAAUGGAAGAUUCGGAUCGUUUUCUUCUGUACCAAUACAUCAUCUGGAUUGCACCCUUGAUUUUCACACAUUAUGCGCGAUAUAUGCUAUAACCGAUGUAGCUCUUGUGACAUCUUUGAGGGAUGGAAUGAACCUCGUCAGCUAUGAGUUUGUUGCCUGCCAAGCAGCCAACAAAGGGGUCCUUAUACUAAGUGAGUUUGCUGGAGCUGCUCAGUCUCUUGGUGCCGGAGCCAUUCUGGUUAAUCCAUGGAAUGUCGCCGAAGUUGCUUCUUCCAUUGGUUAUGCUUUGAAUAUGUCGGCUGAUGAAAGAGAAAAACGACACCACCAUAACUUCUUGCAUGUGACUACACACACAUCUCAAGGAUGGGCCGAAACGUUUGUAAGUGAACUUAAUGAAACCAUUGUUGAAGCUCAAUUGAGGUCAAGACAAAUUCCACCACCACUCCCGAUUGAAGCUGCGGUUGAUCGUUAUGCAUGUUCGAAUAACCGAUUACUCAUACUGGGAUUCGAUGCAACUUUAACUGAACCACUGGAUGCCCUUUGGAGGAAGGGCAAUCAAAUUAAAGAAUUGAAGCACAAGAUACGUUCAGAUUUACGGGAACCUUUGAGAAAGCUUUGUGAUGAUCCGAAGACAACAGUUCUUGUCCUCAGUGGAAGCAAUAGAAAUGCCCUGGAUAAUAACUUUGGUGAUUUUAACCUGUGGUUGGCGGCCGAAAAUGGGAUAUUUUUACGAGCUACAAUGGGAGAAUGGAUGAUGACUAUGCCUGAAAAUACAAGCAUGGACUGGGUGGAUAGUGUCAAGCAUGUAUUCGAAUAUUUUACCCAAAGAACUCCUCGAUCUCAUUUCGAGCUCCGGGAAACUUCGCUCAUAUGGGAUUAUAGAUAUUCAGAUGCCGAGUUUGGAAGACUUCAAGCGAGAGAUCUAUUGAUGCAUCUUUGGACUGGUCCGAUCUCUAACUUAUCUCUCGAUGUUGUCCAAGGUAGUCAGUCCAUUGAGGUUAGAUCCGUCGGUGUGACGAAGGGUGCCGCAAUCGAUCGAAUCCUCGGAGAAAUAGUUCAUAACAAAGGCAUGAAGGAACCCAUCGAUUAUGUCCUAUGUAUGGGGCACUUUCUCGCUAAGGAUGAAGACAUUUAUUCGUAUUUUGAGCUGAUGCUUCCUUCAGAAACCCCGACUUCAUCAUCAUCCCAAGUACCAACCCCAUUCGGGACACCCACCGCCGGAUCGAGUGCAGCUCCCCUUAAGAAACAACAUUCGCUGUCACCAGGGAAGAAGAGCUCUUUCAUAGGCGAGAGUAUGUUGGAUCCGAUGAUGGGAGCCGAUCGAAUGUCGUUGCUAGAGGGUUCUUCGCUGAUCAAUCUUCAGGCUGAGAAUUAUUUUUCUUGCUCUGUUGCGAGGAAAAGGUCGAAGUCACGCUAUCUCCUUCGAUCAUCCGAUGAAGUUUUGGAACUCUUGAGAGGGAUGGCAAAUCAUUGUUGACGGUAGGAACCCGGGAUUAGAGUAGUGAUUUACAGAGAUUGUAUCAUGCUUAUCGUUACUGUAAACUGCAGCGAUAAAUUUUGAAUUUGAUCAAUUUUGUGGCAGAGGCAAAGUUUAAAAGAAAGAUUAAUUUUGUUUAGUAAAAAUUCUUUUUGAAAAAAUAUUUUUGCAAACUAAAUUUUACUCGAAUCCAAUUAAACAGCAGCCUCCACUAGUAAUCGACGGUUUCUCAGUUGCUCAGAAACCAAAUCGGACGCCUUGGAUCUUUCCACAUCUUGAAUCCGGCCCCUCCAAAUCCUGUCCACCGCAUCCAAGUACUGGGCGCCGUACGCGUCAGGAUAUCCGGCCAAGUACUUGGCGAUGCAAUCCAGUGCGACGGCGCAGUAAGCAUCCUUAAUGGAAUCGGGAGCCCUUGGCUGUUGUCGAUGCACCCGAUCUUCUCCAACGCGACGAGUAUUUCAUCGGAAAUCUCACCGGCGGUGAUUUCGGCUCGCACGGUACGGAGGAGCACGGCCUUUUUUCAACUGAGGCCUGGGCUCCAAUGGCGGGAAAGUUUCAAUAACUUCCUUUACCUCCAUAUCGUCGGGUGAGUACUGAGUACCUGACAAGGAAUUCAAUAAUGCAACCGCAGAUACAUAAUUCAAAACCCUAAACUUUCGACUGUGUUUUUGAAUUUUGAAGAGAAAAAUUAAAUAUCAUUAUUCAACGAUUUUUCAUACUGCAUUAUUCAAAAUUCUAAUCCAACUAAAAUACCAAAUCAUAAUUACAAUAUUCCCCCAACCCCAACCUAUAUAUAUAUUUAAUAGACACACCGAAAUUUUAACAUCUAGCACCUUUUUUUUUCUCGUCAAUAGCGGAUUAUAGAGAAUACAUCCCUUCAUUACAACCUCAUAU